AUGAUAGAAACCUGCAAGCAACUAAUGGGAAUGUUGAAGUCGGCUGGUUUUGUUCUGCGAAAGUGGGCGUCAAACUACAAAACAGUUCUCAGCGGCGUUCCGGAAGAGUUCUGGGAGACAUCAACAGAACUAGAGCUCGAUCGUUCUCAAGCAGUCAAAACCUUGGGUUUGUUAUGGUUUCCCCAGGAGGAUGUCUUCAAAUUCAAGAUCCCUGCUCUCUCAGAACUUGAUAUUGUUACCAAGCGUAUUGUGGUUUCUGAGAUGUCUCAGCUGUUCGAUCCCCUUGGACUUUUGGGGCCUGUAGUCGUCAACGCGAAGAUGUUCGUUCAAACCCUCUGGGAGGCGGAUCUAUCGUGGGAUUCUGAGCUUGCAGAAGAGUCGGCACUAUGGUGGAGGAAAUAUCGUAGCGACAUUAAGGAGCUGUCAUCGUUACAAAUCCCUCGAAGAGUUUUGCGGAACACACUACAACAAUACACGAUCCACUGUUUUUGUGAUGCGUCGCAGAAAGGUUACGGUUGCUGCGUCUACAUUGUAUCAUCUGACGAACAAGGCCAACUGCACUCGCAUCUUCUCACAUCAAAAUCUCGUGUCGCUCCGCUUCGUGGUCAAUCUAUUCCUCGCUUGGAGCUGUGCGCAGCUCUUCUUGGCAGCCAAUUGAUUCACAAUCUGCUAACGAACACAAGAAUCACCGGAUCAGUAACAUUUUGGGCGGAUUCAACAGUUGUUCUUCACUGGAUCAAUUCCCGAUCUAACUGUUGGAAAGUUUUCGUCUCCAAUCGAGUUGCAGAGAUUCAACGUCUAACAAAGGGUUCCCAAUGGAGGCACAUAUCGACGGAAUUGAACCCUGCGGAUCGUAUUUCCCGAGGAAUGCUCGCAAGCCAGAUCCUGCACGACAAACUGUGGUGGCAUGGUCCAGAAUUUCUUUCCUCCCCCGUCGAAAUGUGGCCGGAAGGCGUUGUAUCGAUACCAUUUAAACCCGAACUGGAAGUGGAAAUGCGUCCAAUGGUUUCUCUUCACGCAAUAGAAGAAAACUUCAACAUCUUCACUCGAUUUUCGGAGCUAGCAAAGUUAUUACGAGUCGUUUCCUACUGUUAUCGCUUUCGAAAAAACUGCAAACUUCCGGAAAAUGAGCGUAUUCCAUCAUCCUUGUCGCCUGAAGAAGUAGACAUUACACUCAAGUCCCUCAUUCGAAUUGCACAGCACCAGGAAUUUCCCACGGAAGUCCGUUUGCAUAGCCACACCAAGUCUGGCAAUGCUGUCUCACUCGCCUCGAAAUCGCCACUCAAAAAUCUGAAUAUUAUGAUGGAUGAAUUCGGACUUCUUCGGAUUGAUGGACGUUUAAAAAAUUUGAAUGCACCGUUCGAUACUCGACAUCCAAUUUUGUUGCCGGCAAAUCAUCAACUGAGCUUGUUGAUUGCUAGAUCGAUUCAUCUGCAGACACUUCAUGGAGGACCUUCACUUCUCCUUGCAACAAUUCGCCAACGUUUUUGGCCACUACUGGGUCGAGAGUUAGCUCGGAAGAUUGUACGCCAGUGCGUAAUCUGCUUCAGGUGCAAUCCUACAACUACAAACCAAAUCAUGGCACCUCUACCAUCAGUACGCCUAAAACCAGCCCGAGCUUUUACCUAUUCAGGAAUGGACUACUGUGGGCCGUUUUUCGUUCGUCCGCUGUUUGGGAAAGGUGCGUCGGUUAAAGUUUACGUUGCGUUGUUCGUCUGCUUGGUGGUGAAGGCCGUGCAUCUCGAAGUCGUCGCUGACUUGUUGACCGUCGCGUGCAUCAACGCCGUCAAACGUUUUGUCGCCAGUCGUGGCCGCGUUCUCGAAUUGCACUGCGACAAUGCAACCGCUUUCGUCGGGGCGGAUCGCGAAUUGCGUCGACUUCGGAAGGAGUUCCAGCAACAAUUCAAGUCGAAGGAAUGGGGCGAAUUCUGCGCAGGACACGGCAUCAUCUUUCGCUUCAUCCCAGCCCGCUCACCACACUUUGGUGGCCUCUGGGAAGCCGGAGUGAAGUUCUUUAAGUAUCAUUUUCGUCGCAUAAUGGGACAAAAGGCUUUUUCAAUGGACCAACUCCUGACCAUCGUUGCACAGAUUGAAUCUGUAUUGAACUCUCGCCCACUCAUUCCUUUAACCGACACUCCGGACGACCUCUCAUCGCUUACUCCUGGUCACUUCCUCAUUGGAGAACCGCUCGUCUCAAUUCCCGAGCCCGACCUUCUUCAUCUGUCGCCUAGUCGAAUCACCCGUUUGCAGGACAUGCAACGUUCGGUUCAAGAUCUGUGGCGCUCCUGGUCGAGGGAUUAUGUAAGCCAGCUUCAUCAACGCAGUAAGUGGAGACGCCAAACUUCGGACGUUCAACAAGGUCAACUGGUAUUACUGAAGCUCGACAACUACCCUCCACUUCAAUGGCCUCUUGGUCGAAUCAUCCAAACCAUCACCGGUUCCGACGGACGAGUACGCGUUGUGGUGGUCAAAACAGCGUCUGGCGAAUACAAGCGAGCGAUCACGGAGGUCGCAGUCCUACCAAUUGAGACCAGCAACGGCGAGGGGCCAUCAGCAUUAACAUCGAUCAACGACGUGGUCUGUUGA